GUUUACAUUGAAGUGUCAGUAAGUUGUACGCACUCAAGAUAAGAACAAGCUUUGAUGGAAUCUGCAGCGAUGGAUAGUGUAAUCAAAGUAAUUCCCAGCGAUAACCCAGCUAAAUACUGUCGAUUGUGUUUCGCGGACAAAAACCUCGUUGCAUUAUUCCCAGGCCACAGCGGACCGGAACAUUUGCUGGUGGAGCAAAUAUCACUACUAAUCGGGAUUCAGAUUGGACCGGCAAAGGACGGAUGCAGCUCGAUCUGUUGGCGAUGUGCGGUUGCCUUGGAGGACUUCCAGUUGCUGCGACAGCGCAGUCUGGAUCACGAUGCGAUCAUUCGAAAUAAUAGGAAGGCAAAUGCGUUCGAGAUUAUUGCCAUCAAAAAUGAGCCCGUCGAAUCGGAAGUUUUGUUGGUCGAUCCAGCUGCGGUUCAGCUUGAACUAAGUGAGUCUUCUGAAAGGGUUAGUACACGUGCCAGCAGCAAUGGGAAAAGCAUAGAGACGCCGGAUAAAGCUAAAGCCAAGCGCAAAGAUUCAAAUGAUAAGAUCCAGAUUGUUAUAUGCAAAGUGUGUAAUGCUGAAUUUGGAACGACUUCUGCAAUGCGAAUACAUUUAAAGGAGCAACACACUGUUCAGGGACGACCGUUUCACUGUCCUUUGUGUCCGUCCCAGUUCAAGCGAAAGGGCCACUUGGAGCGCCACAUGGAAUCACACACCGGAAAAAGGAAAUUUGCUUGUAAAGAGUGUGGGGCAAGCUUCUCCAAAGCAACCGUUCUUGCGCGCCACAGGAUUCACCACCACCAACAUCCCGUUAGUUCCACCAGCAAGCCUAAAAAACGGUCCAUUUCCGGCAACUUCAAAUGCGCAUUUUGUCCAAAAUCGUUCAAACACAGGCCAUCUUUGAACACUCACUUUCAGUCACAUUACGACAUUUUGCCUUUUUCUUGUGAACUUUGCGACGCCCGUUUUGCGGUUGCCCAGGGAUUGUUGGUUCACAGAGGCAAAUUUCAUAACCCCGCAGCAGUGGAGAAACCGGAUAUGGCGCGGUUCAAGUGUGAGCAUUGUCCGAGAUUUUUCAAAUAUCGACGCAGCCUGAAGGAACACGUUGAAGUUGUGCAUCUGCUUGUGUAUGACUCGGAUAGAGAGGUUAGCGGUGAUGAACGUGAUUCUGAAUCCGGUUCAGACGAGCCGCCGAUCCUCGGUGGGGUGGAGUACGUUGGAGAGGAAAUAUUGCCGGUGGAGAUUAAAACCGAGAUUGAGGAUGUUCAGUUUCAGGAAUAGUGGGUAUUUAAUUCGUGCUUUAUUUGUUAAAAUUCGAAAUUGCUGUAAAAAUUAAAUAAACAAUAUUUUCUAAAUUUUUG